UCAGACGUUGUAGCAGCACGUGGCUGCGUUUGUUUUCUCUCUUAGUAACACGCGACGUCGCAAAGGUUAGGUCCCUCUUCGGAACCAGUCCCCAGUUGUCUUCUUCCUACGUCUCCUUGGUUCCUUCGCGAGCACGUGCUCCAUUCUACCAUGGACAACCGGCGAGUCCAAGUAGCACGUAUCUAGUCACGCGACAGUUUACUUUAUAAGGGUGGUUUUCUUCAAAUUACGGUGAAACUUCUUGACAGUGGCUCGGAAUAUCUGAUAAUCAGUACAUUCCGCAAAACAUAAGUGAGAAGUGGGGUGUCUUCAGAAUCAUACUCCUUUUCUCUCAAGUCGAGGAAACGUUAGCAUUCAUGGGGGUGUCCGGCGAGUGUGUGGUCAAAGGUGCUGGCAGCAAAAGCCACCCUUGUCAUUGCUGUGGACACGCAGCAAACGCGAGCUCCAGUGUUCCGCUGCAUCACAAUCAUCAUCACCAUCACCAACAUCAUCACGAUCAUCAUCACUUGAAGAACCAAGUGGAGGCUAAUCAGAACACUAGUGAUACCAAGAUUUUGGCACCCUUGCGCAGCAAGAUGCGAGUGCUGAAGAAACUCAAACGCAAAAUGGGCCUAGCGCCCAGAUCGUCUAGUGCAGGUACCAACAACCUACCGCCCCUGACGUUCCACCAGGUACAUGGUGAUAACAUUAGAUUGUGGAAUGGCGACACCGUCGCCAGGAGGCAAGAGAGCUUUUGCAAAGGUGUCACCUUCAGCGCACGACCGGUGCGAAUCGGCGAGAAGGUAUGUGUCAAGUUCCUCGCACUUUCUAACAACUGGAACGGAGUCAUCCGUUUCGGAUUCACAAGCAAUGAUCCAGUCAAUCUGCGCAACGCUCUGCCAAAAUACGCAUGUCCUGAUUUGACGAAUAAACCAGGAUACUGGGCGAAAGCCUUGGCUGAGAGAUUCGCAGACAGGGAUUCAGUCCUAUUCUAUUAUUUGACAUCUGCCGGAGACGUUCACUUUGGAGUUAAUGGGGAGGAAAAGGGAGUCUUCUUCAGUGGCGUCGAGACAAGAAGACCGCUGUGGGCCAUGAUCGACGUCUAUGGAAACAGCACUGAGAUUGAGUUUGUGGACCCAAAUCGGCAGCACUUCAACAAUAUCAAGAAAGGUGCCGAGCACAGCAAUGAGGACAAUUCUCAGCACAGCAGACACACGGCCAUGGAUGACGUGAGCAAUUCUCGUAGAGACGUUGAGAGGAUCAUCGUCCCGACCAUGCAGAAUGUGUCCAUCCAUCACGAGCUCGACAUCGACCUCCCCGGCUUGAGGUUUCAACCUUCCGGCGUUCUGUUCACUCCUCUCCCAUUCCAUCCAACUCGAGGUAGAAACAUCCACUUUACGAACCAACAAUGCGUCGCUACGCGUGACGAUAUGGAAUUCUGUCACGGAUAUUCAUUUACGAGUCGACCUCUCUUCCUGGGCGAGAGACUUGUCAUCCAGAUCCUGGCAACAGAACCAAAGUACGUUGGUGCAUUGGCACUUGGCUUUACAUCAUGUGACCCAGCUAGACUCACAACGACCGACCUUCCCGACGACAGCGAUCUUCUCCUAGACCGGCCCGAGUAUUGGGUCGUUUCAAAAGACGUCGCCUCGAGUCCACAACCCGGUGAUGAGAUCGCCUUCACCGUCACCCACUUUGGCGAGGUCCAGAUGAGCAAGAACGGAGGUACACCCAAUGUCGUCAUGCACGUGGACCAAAGCCUCCAACUCUGGCCUUUUGUCGAUAUUUACGGAAGCACCCAAAGAGUGAGAAUGCUUGCCAGUAGACCCAAUUCCCCGCCCAGGACGCGGCAGUGCAUUUCCUCACCUUCUGGCCCACAGCAGCAGCAGCAACAGCCACAACAGCACUCGAAUCACAGUAAUGCUGCGACCGAACUCUCGAGAUUCUCCGAGAUGGUUCAGUUUAAACCGGCAGUUGGCGGAGGCACCGUCCUUGUCGUAAAUCUUCCGCCACAAGGAAGCUAUCCAGCUCCACCGCCUCCGACUCCUCAGCCCAUUUAUGCCUCGUCCGGAAACCACAGAAAUCCACCGCCCGUUCCGGCACAAGUUCCAGUUCCACAUCCGGGAUCCUCAAGACAGUCGUCACCUCCACUCACUGGCACGAUGACCUCGACUGGAUCGUCGACUUAUGUCGAUCCAGUGUCUUAUCAGAGUCUCGAUGGAACUCUCUCGUCAUCGCACCUUCAGCAGUGGAGCGAGGGUCUCCAGCCAACUCCUGGACAACCUAGUGAAUGCUCGAUUUGCUACGAGCGCAGCAUUAACAGCGUCCUCUACAUGUGCGGACACAUGUGCAUGUGCUACACGUGUGCUAUUCAGCAGUGGCGAGGAAAAGGUGGCGGUCACUGUCCUCUCUGCCGAGCACCAAUCCGAGACGUUAUCCGGAUAUACAGAUCCUGAGCCGAGUUCAAACCGCGCGGCAAAUCCAAUUCAAGGUGCCGAGGUCCCCUUCCUCUGUCCUUGUCGCUAGGCUCCUCCUGGUCGACCUAAGAUCGCGAGGUUAAAGUAGGAAAAGAGGAAAGAGUUCCAGAGGAGAGAUACAAGAAUGAAGAGCGUUGUCUUCGAGGAUCGUUGCGUCGGUGAAAUUCACUGAUAUAUAUUUAUUUAAUGUGCUGGAUACAGGAGCUUUUUUUGUGUCAGAUAAGGCGAGCGAUUCAAAUUUGGUGUGGGCGAGAACUUGGAAAUUGUAGCAAAAGUAAUGUAAAAUUUAGUUUAUUGUUAAUGAGUGAAUGGACUAAAACUGGAAACUUGAUAAAAUUUGACGAAAAGUAAUUACAUUAAUAAAAAUUAUAGAAUAGAAUUAAAAAAAAAGAAAAGCCGAUAGGGUUUUAGAAUAUUUAUUUGUUCUCUUGAAAUGUACAGUAAAGCUUAGUGUUUACAAGUGAACAAUAUGAUAAUUGUAAUAUCAUAAAAAUACGUAUACUUUAGAAUUGCGGAAUAAUCUGUAGAUAAAAAAAAUGGUGUGAAAUUGUAAUAUUAUGGCAAUAUUAUUAUGCAAUUAAUGAAUACGAAUUUUAAAAUAAUAUUCGACAAAAAUGACUAUAGAAAAAAGUAUAAGGUAUAAAUUUAUAAUAUAAAACUAUAUAUUGUAUAAAGGACAUUUAUAAAGGGAGAGAAUCCUCUUCACGUGAAUGUAAAAAAGGCCAAAGACGCCAAAGAUGACAAAAUAUUGUAUUAUUUUUUCCAGUAAAAUAAACUUUAUUAAUUUCUAUAAAUAUUUUUCUGCUAUAUUUCUUAUACAACCUUAAUUUAUACUUCAUUAUCUCAAUUCGCAGUAUGUAAUUAUAAUUUUAUCCAUUUCUUUAUUUUUCGAGCCGCACGAAAUCCUUUUCUAUUAUAAUUAUAAAUGUCUUUUUUACAACAUAUAUUUUUGUCUUACAUAUUUAUAGCUUAUACUUUUUUCUAUGUUCAUUUUUAUUGAACAUCAAUUUCAAGUUCGUAUUUAUGAAUUGCACAAUAUUGCUGGCAGAUUGUAGAAAAAAUAUUUUGUACAAAUUGUAGCCUUUAAAGGUUCGAAUUAGUAUUUCACAAUUCUAAUGUAUACAGAUUUUUAGGAUUUUACAAUUGUUAUAUUUUUAUCACUUGGAAAAACUUCCAAGUUUUAUUGUACCAAUUUUAAAUCACUUGGACCUUGCGUUUUUUAUACCAUUCUAUUACUUUUAUUAAUGUAAUUACUUUUUAAUCUAUUUUAUUAAUUUUCCCGUUUUAGUCCAUUCACACGUUACCAAUAAACUAAAUUUUAAAUGACAUUAUUAUUUUUAAGUUUUCUAAUAUAUUAUUCAAAUAUCCAACUUUAUUUGACCCAAAAAAGCCAUAAAAUGGCUUAUAUUAGUGAUGGAAACACUCUGUCAAUUAAAUCGUCAAUUCUUCAAAAUCUGACGGAAUUCCUAAAAUCAUUUUCUAGAAGUCUCUAGUUUUUCAAAAUAGAAUACAAAUAACUGUUGUCAGAUAUUGUGGAAUUUAAAGCCUAAAACUGGCGACGAUACUGGCGCAACGUCCUCGAGAGUAAAAAAAAAGAAUAGGUAGAUUGUAGGAUUUUAAAGUAAUCAUGGCUAUUAUUCAACUCUGCUACUUCUACUAACUAUUACUACUACUAUUGUUGCUUCUACUUCUCAGACCGCUUUCUCUCUCUCUCUCUCUCGGAUUUUAAUAUUGUAUCCCCCUACCCUUUAUAAUUUUAUUACCAUUAUUGCGCUUCGAAUUAGUUUAUACGUUUGUCAUUUAUGAGUUUUAUUAAUUAUUGAUUUACUUAUAACGCAGUGUGAUUACGUAGUAAUGGGCGUUUCAGGUUUAUGGGCAUUUAGCUAGACUGCGCAUUCUUUCCAUUUAUAAUUAUCGUUUGCGCUCUAUUAUGUUCUCCUUUCUCCCUAGAGUAGUACGAUUAGAAUCUUUGAUUGAAAAUUCUCAGUUGAAUAUUUUCUCAUAAGGAAAUUCUCGUUAGUCAUAUAUUGUUGAAGAAUUUUCUAUCUUAGGACCCCAAAAGCGUCGUCGCCCUGCCCACAUUUUAUUGCCAAAGAAAUCCUGCGUGCGACUUUCGCUUAUAUUCAUAGAACGCACGAAGGAUUCGAGACUUUGAGUGAUCCCCACUAAACGUUUUUUUAACCAUAAAGGACAAGUAUCGAUCAAAUCGGUUCACUCGCCUUCGGAUAUCAGAAAUUUGUGUUCUAAAUGUGAGUUUUUUGGUAAUCCGAAUGCGAGUUGAUUGAUAUUUUUUAGGGCGCCUGAGUGGUUUUGUAGCAUUGCGAGAAAUGAUCUUCCAGUAGAUUGUUAAGCAAAUGUGACGUUUGAUACAACGCUUUUUGACUAUAUCAAAUUAUAUUACGUUAAGUGAACGAACACAGACACGAGUUUUUAUACAAUCAUGUUUUUUAUAUAAUCCUGACGGUGAAAUAUUUUUGUGUGUACAGCGAAACAGACUCGAUCGUUGAGGUGCGUCGUUAACAGUUGCUCCGAGGAGAUCUUCUUUCCUAAAAAAAACUCUAUUAUUUUUGCAUGCCACCGACAACAGAAAAAAUCCUACAGAAAAUAAAUAUAUUUCUAGGCCGUGCCUUAUGUAUUGGUGUAACGUAAAACGCUGCACCACUGGAAUUGACCUAUCCGUUAAAGGCACUUGUACCAUAUUUAUUUCUCGGUUCUAAAAUAGAUUUACAAAAAAAAAAAAAGGGAAGGAAGUAUCCGUAGCAAUGAAGACGCGAAUUUCACUCUGAAUUAUCGAUACGGUGUUGUAAAAUCUUCGCUGUAGAAAGAAUUUGCAAGCAGAUUUCACAGCUUUGAUGAGAAUUUGAGAUGUCUUCGAGCGCGUAAAUUGUUUUAAAAUUGGACGUGUUUGAUGUGAGGAUUGGAACGCUAGUUUGUAUCAAUUGUGUUUGGACCUUGGAGAAGGAAACAGGAAUGAGAGAGUUAAAUAUUGUUCAGGAAAAUUAUUAAAAAUAAAGAAAAGUCUGAUUCACGUUCGUUAUUUCGAAUUGGUUGAAAAUCGUGCGUAGAAUAACCGGAAGAAAGUCACCGAUAAAGCUCGGAACGCGUUUGAUUCGUAAUUGCAAACGGAGCCUGGUUCGAGUCGCGGCACCUUUCUCGGAUAGCCAAGAUGCAAAAUAGUUAUGAAAUAUGCACAAUAAAGCAGUAGUGAAAUCUCUAGUCCAGCGAGAAGCAGCCAACUCGUCUGCCAAUCCAAAAAAAGAAAGAAUAAAGUUAGCGAAGAGAAAUUUUAUAAAUACAGAGUAAAGAAAAAAGCAAAUUAUGGCGAUUAUUGUCGCCUAUUAGGAGAUUUAAUGAUAAUAAUGAUAAUAAUUAUUAUUAUUAUUCUAUUAACUGUUGUGAGGGAAGAAGGCAAAGAAUUUGCAAGACUACUUUUUAAAUGUGAACGAGCAUGAGAGUGAGUGCGAAAGAUUGACAGAACGAAAGAGAGAAAUAUUUGAAGAGGGUUCCCUGAUUAAAGUAACAUUAAGAGUAUAUAUGUAUGAGUCAAGUCAUGGGUAGGUGAAAGUUAAUUCAAUAACAAUUACGAUAGAUGUCUCUUAUUGUUUUUGUAAGAUCAUAAAUAUCGCCAUUAUUAUCGUAAUUAAUUUUACUAUCAGCGUCAUCAUAGAAGAGUAAUGUUAUCAGUGCGACGGAUACAUAACUCAAUUUGAUGAAAGUACUAGAAAAUGGGAGAAUAGAUCUGAUAUUUUCGUGGACUAUCUUGAAAAGAUGUCCUACUUGUAGUUUCGUCAUUUCUUGAGUAUGAGAUUUAAAUGAAUUUCUCACGAUUGCUCGUAGGAUUUUUCGAGAAUGCACAUUUCGAGGGAGAUCUUCCGACAUGCACUUAUUCAUAAUUUAAAUCUCAUUUUGUGUGUGUCGUUCAUUUACUGCCCUCCUUUAGAGGAAAUGUGACAGCUUUUAAGGUCAAUGUGCGAUAGAAUAUUUCUUUGAAUUUAUAUACACAUACAGAUACUGAUAAAAAUCUAUAAAUAUGUAAUAUAAUUCGUCCAGCCAUUGUGCUGUUCUAAACAAUAUAAAAAGCCUGUAUUAUCUCUG